GAAAGCCUUAAUUUUGGAAGAAAAUCCUUAUGCCAUGUAUGUUCACUGUUUUUCUCAUCAACUUCAGUUGGUUGUUGUGGCUGUUGCUAAGAGUAUCAUGGCUGUGAAAGACUUUUUUAGUUAUGUCUCCAUGAUAGUGAACACCACUGGUGCAUCUUGCAAAAGAAAAGAUCAACUACUGAUGUUAGAACAUAAGAAAUUAGUGAAAGAACUCAAUGAUGAAGUAAGGAUGAGUGGAAGAGGCCAAAAUCAAGAAACUAGUUUGGCAAGACCGGGGGAUACUCGAUGGGGCUCACAUUAUUUUACCUUGCUUCGUUUAUGUUCUAUGUGGCCUUCAGUUGAGAAAGUUUUGGAACAUGUACGUGAUGAUACCACAAGUUCUGAUAUUAGAAGUUCUGCAAGAGGUUUGCUUGGAAAGAUGAAUAGUUAUGAGUUUGUGUUUGUGAUGCACUUGAUGACAUACUUGUUAGGAAUCACAAAUGAACUAUCAUUUUCUUUGCAAAAGAAAGAUCAAAAUAUCGUGCAAGCCAUGUCAAUGAUUGAUACUAUGAAAGUUCAAUUACACGACUUCAGGAUGACUGGAUGGGAGAUGAUUUUGCAGGGAGUCAACAGAUUUUGUGAGGUGAAUGCUAUUCCCUUGAUUCAUAUGGAAGACACUAUAACUCGACCUGGUUACAAGAGGCAAAGCAUCACCAAUGAUCAUUAUUAUCGUGUGGAGAUUUUUAAUGAGGUUGUUGAUCUAACAAUACAAGAGCAAAACACUCGGUUUUCCGAAGCUAGCACUAAUUUGCUUAGAUGCAUGGCGUGUCUUGAUCCGAGAAAUAAUUUCUCCCAAUUCAACAUUGAUCAACUCAUGCGUUUCACUACUUUAUAUCCCGAAGACUUUGGGCCAGGUGAUUAUUUAUUAUUUCCACAAUUACUUCUUGAUUUCAUUAUUAAUGUGCAUUUUGUGCAUUGUUUCUUUAGGUGAUUGUCUAUGUCUUCCACAACAA